UUGUGUGUGUGCUUGUUUGUGGAAAGGAAUGAGUCAAGUGCAGAAGUGAAAGAAGAAGAAUAUUUCCAGUCAGCUCUGUGGAGUUUUAGUCCCUUUUUCGUGCUCUUCAGGCGAGGAUAUACGAACGGACAAGCCGGAGAAAGGGACGAAAGCGAGGGAGAGAGAUCCCCCGGUGCCAUGCUGGGUGAGGGCUUUCUGAGAACUCUGCCAUUCAGGGUAGAGAAGCAGAAUGCUCGCACUACUGGAGCCUACACGCACACAACAGCCACACACACUCACUCCAACAGCUGUUUCAAUGGAACAAUGCUGGAUGCAAACCCACUCACCUUGUCUGCAGGAACAGGUCUGUGGCUGGAAUUGCCAGGCCUGACCCAAAGCCUGGGGCUGACAGUGAAGCCUCAGGCCGCCACGGCCCUCUUCAUCCCCCCGUGCCUCACUGUGGCUCCCCCUUCAUCUCAGCCCUCCAUUAGCUGGGACAGCAGUAGUCUCCUCCAGCAGUACCCUGACCUCCGGCUCGGCCUGAACCGAGGAAUGCACGAUGCCUCAAACAGCCCGGAGGGAUAUCCUGAUCCUGGGCACGGUGUCCUACUCCAGGCCUCUGGAUGCCCACUCCACUUACAUGAGCCUGAGAACCUGGAGUCUCAGGGGGAUCGGGCGGUUGCUGAGACUGACCAGGGCUAUCUGGCGAUGGGGGACAGUGUGGUGCAGAGCCUGGAGCUGCCUGGAGCAGGGAGGGAGCCUCUGUCGAACUCCCUGCUGAAUGGGAUGCUGGAGAAGCAGCUGGAUGAGGUGUACCUGCAGCACCUGACAGACAGCUUGGCCCAUUGCAGCUCCGUGCCCGGAUGUAGUCUGCUCCAAGGCCUGGUCCCACCUCCCCAGCCCGACCGCCAACCACAGGGCCCGGACUCCCUGGCCGUGGCCCUACAGGGGGAGGAGCGAGGGCAACAGAGUAGUGUGAUUAGCUACAUGAGCGCCCAUGACACCAACUUCAGCUCACCCGUCCUGCGUAUAUCUGAUACUGGACACACACACACACCUGCUCCUGCUCCAUGAAUGCUCACACACACAGGCACCCUGGCAGCGAAACACGGUGCAACUGCCCCAAUCUGACACCUGCUGUUGGUUUUCGGUACUGCAGGACAUCCAUUUUCCACGACAGCGUUCACAAGGGGGCUCCCGCCAAUAAGCAUGUCUACGUGCAUGAAGCAUGUUCUCUGUUAUUGUUUGUAUCUGCUCUGUUUUCUCUACUGAACUGGUUCUCAAUAAAAUCUAGCCAUCCUUCUUUAA